AUGGACCCCGACCUUCUGGAGAGAGCACUGCUAGAAUGUGGCAAUGAUGUAGACAUUGCCACCAAGAGGCUGCAGGAACUUUGCUUGGGAGCUGCAGAGGCCACAGGGGAAAAGUCAGGUCCUGUUGAAGAAGUGGGCACUGCACAGCUAGGAACGUUGGCCAGUGAUGGGGAAGCUGCUGCUACUGUGGCUGUUCAGAAUCCAGUAGCCCCUGAGAAUGUGGCUGUUGAUGGUGCAGGAUGGGUGGACUUGUUUUUAAGGGAGAUGAUGAGUUGUACCAGUAUGGAUGAUGCCAAAGCCCGUGCCUCUAGACUUUUGGAGGUUCUGCAGAAGUCCAUUAGUAGAUCUGCUGCUGAAGAGGCAGCACAAAGUUUUCACAAAGAAAAUAUCAUGUUAAAGGAACAGAUUGAAGUGUUGAUUCAUGAAAAUACAGUCCUCAAACGAGCUGUGGUAAUCCAGCAUGAACGUCAAAAGGAUCUUGAUGAUAAAAACCAUGAGUUGCAACAUCUGAGGCAGUUGGUGUCUCAAUAUCAGGAGCAGUUGCGAACUUUAGAGGUAAAUAACUAUGGCUUGAUGAUGCAUUUGAGACAGGCACAGCAAAACAACUCCUCCAUACCAGGGUGUUUCCAUCCAGACGUCUUCUAA